AUGGUCCCACCAUCAUUCAAGAUGGCUGAUCAGAAGCCUCAGAAGGCCAAGGGUGUGCAGGGCUUUGCGGUGGAUUUCCUCAUGGGGGGAGUCUCCGCUGCCGUGUCUAAGACUGCUGCUGCCCCCAUCGAGCGCGUCAAGCUGCUGAUCCAGAACCAGGAUGAGAUGAUCAAGCAGGGUCGCCUCGCGUCCCCCUACAAGGGCAUCGGUGACUGCUUCAGGAGGACUGUCCAGGCUGAGGGCGCGAUCUCGCUGUGGCGUGGAAACACUGCCAACGUCAUCCGUUACUUCCCCACCCAGGCCCUCAACUUUGCGUUCAAGGACUACUUCAAGAAGACUCUCGGCGCUCCCAAGGGCUCCUCAUACGGCAGGGUGUUCGCUGGAAACAUUGCCUCUGGAGGUGCUGCCGGUGCUGCCUCUCUUGCCUUCGUCUACUCCCUUGAUUACGCCCGUACCCGUCUUGCCAACGAUGCAAAGUCUUCCAAGAAGGGAGGAGGCGACCGCCAGUUCAAUGGCCUGGUUGAUGUUUACAGGAAGACCCUGGCCUCUGAUGGUAUCGCGGGGCUCUACCGUGGGUUCAACAUCUCGUGCGUUGGGAUCGUCGUGUACCGCGGCCUCUACUUCGGGCUGUACGACUCGCUCAAGCCCAUUGUCCUCACCGGCAGCCUGCGCGACAACUUUGGCGCCAACUUCCUGCUGGGGUGGGGUGUGACUAUCACCGCCGGGCUGGCUUCCUACCCCAUUGACACCGUCAGGAGACGAAUGAUGAUGACGUCAGGCGAGGCCGUCAAGUAUGCGAGCUCUCUGGCCGCCUUCAGGGAGAUUGUUGCCAAGGAGGGCACCAAGUCGCUGUUCAAGGGCGCGGGCGCCAACAUCCUGCGUGCGGUGGCGGGUGCCGGUGUGCUGUCCGGAUACGACCAGCUGCAGAUUCUGCUCUUCGGCAAGGCCUAUUCUGGAGGAAGCGGUUAAAUAAACAAGCGUGCAACAGACUGGCAGCCUACAAUGGUACAAGCAACAGGGCCGUAUUCUGUGAUGGAUUUGCAGCGCAUAGGUAAGACAAUAUCCGAGCAGAGCAGAGCAGAGGGAAGAUACGUGGUGUUUCGCUGACUGGAAUAAGUGCCCUCUACUUGGGGGAGGGGCAGGGGAGGUUCUGAUGGGAGGAUGGAUGGAGAGAGCGCCAUUGAGGCCACAACUUGACAGGUUGAUGGUCAGCCUGAUUGGGUUGAUAGAUCUGAGGUAGUGUUUGUGUUCUGUUUCCAUAUCUCAAAGUGCAAUCAUUUAAAGGGAGCUUGUUUUGGUAACCAUACAACAAUCUCGAUAGCAAUAUACCUUGGCAUGGCUGUUCCGCUCGAGUUUCUCAUGCUGUGAGUGGCAUUUACGAGCAACCUCUGACGUCAAUUUGUUACAUGUGUCAGCCCAGGCUUGAGAGCUGGAAUCUUGAAAUUACCCGCAGGUAAUUUGCUGCUGCACAUGAGUGACGAACAUGUAGAAUUUAAGUAUUUAGGCG